CCAGGUCUCUUUAGUUUCACCUGACGCCUCUGUGGACUCAGAAGUUCCUCUGAGCUGCGGGAAGGAGCAGGGGGGGUCGGGGGCCCGUCACUCACAGUCAUGGCCGAAUCCCAGCUCGCGUGCAUGGAGGACGGCCGCAUCGGGGCCAAGGUGCCGGAGUCCAAGCCGGAGUUCUACUACAGCGAGGAGCAGCGCGCCGCCGUCGAGGAGCUGCUGCGCAACGGCGACGGCGCCUUCAAGACGCGACUCAAGGACGACGACGUGAGGGACUUCCUGUCCGCCAGAGAAGUCAAAGUGCUGAUGAACACGUUCAAGCGGUACGAGGAGGAGGGCGAAGAGGAGGGCGGCGGACGCAAGGGGGCCGCCGGCGGCGCCGACGCGGACUCGGGGGUUCACUCCACCUACUGGCCGCAGAUGUCGGACACCGAGGUGCCGCCGCUGGACAUCGGCUGGCCCAGCGGCGGGUUGUUCAAGGGCGUGACCCGGGUGUCCGUGCACACGCACCCGCCCAAGGACAACGGGCCUCACAUCAAGGAGGUGGUGCGGAGGCUCAUCCAGGAGGCCGGCAAGGUGAUAGCGAUCGUGAUGGACUUGCUCACAGACCUACAGAUCCUGCAGGACCUGAUGGACGCGGCGUCUCGACGCUCCGUGCCCGUUUACAUCGUGUUGGACAAGCAAGGCGUGCCGCACUUCCUGGAUAUGUGCUCCAGGCUGCAGAUUGGCUCGCAGCACCUCCGGAACAUCAGAGCCAGAAUGCUGCAGGGGAACGGGUUCUGCCUGUCGUUCGGCAGGCUGCCGGGCUCGCUCUGCAACAAGUACAUGCUGGUGGACGGAGACAAAGUGGCGUUCGGCUCCUACAGUUUCUCCUGGUCCACAUCCCGUAUGGACCGAAACAUGAUCACGGUGAUGACGGGACAAGUGGUUGACUCCUUUGACCUCGACUUCAGGGAACUGUACGCCAUCUCGGAGAAGAUGGACCUCUACAAGGAGUUCCACGUCAGCCCGCCUGCCGCCGCCCUGACCACCACAGUACGUUCCAGAGCGGCGUCUAAGCGUCCGCCCUUACCGGCCACCACCUCCCGUUUCCAGGUCAGCUUAGGGGACUCGCGAAAGGACAAAAUUGAGGUGCCCGCGCACAAAUACUACAACCCCAAGUACUCGCUGGUGUUUGGGGACGCCCUACGUCCCACAGGGUCUCUGCAGGAGCCAGGACCCAAGAGGGGGUCAAUUCUGUCCAAGUAUCCAGAGGAGCUGGACGAGGAGAAGCAGCAAGUGACCAACAGCGAGAAGUUAGACCGGCUGGGCCAUUUGCCCUCGGAGGCCCCGAGUGAAAUCUUCAAGAGGCCCAAGGGGGUCGGGAAGGGGCAGCUCACGUGGAGGCAGAAAUUGUUCAGCCGGAAAUCUCCCAGUAAGCUGUCGGUCAACAGCCUCACGAACAACACGUGCCCCUCACCCACGGAGACCAGUCAAACCGAUGAGAACGAGGAGGUGAUCGUGAGAUCGUCGUCCAAGUGGAGGGGGAAGAAGCCGUCGAACCUGGGCCAGAGGACAGAGUCCCAGCAAACUGUCAACACCGCACAGGACAAUGACGGUGAUAAGAGUCGACCUGGAACGAAACAGUGUAAGGUGUCCUGAGGUGAAUCUGCCGUUCUAUGACCACAGAAUGCAGUGAUCACAAAAAAUAUUUCCUUUAUUUUAUCCAGUGCCUUAAAGAAAACACAAAAUGAAUGUUCAAAUCCGUACUGUAAAUUCGGUACUGUGGUCGUGUUUUUGGGCCAAAACACGUGUUAAUAUCUGUUUCCUGGUGUUUACGCUGCGCCCCUGGUGGACACUUGAGUGCAUUGUACAGUGAAGUGCACAAAUUGUAUAUCACACUUUUGCUCAGAUCUUCUUCAGCUGUUGGAUUAUAAAGAAUUGUCCGAGUUGACGAAUCGAACGCAGUCUUUCAAUCAUAGUCCAAAUGGUGUAGAUGAUAAAUACAGGCAGACUAAACUCUCACCGAAUUAUUUGUAACCUUCAACCACAUCCAGAGAUGGAUGAGAACCUGAGCAACCCGAAGCAGGACAUCGUUAGAGUUUGGAUGAUUGUUGCUUUUCCUCCUCGUAUUUGUGUGGUUGUUUUCAUGAAGCAGCUCAAAACGUACUUUUAUGCUCUUGUUUUUAAUUAAUUCCACUUUCAGUUGGAAAUUCUCUUUUGUGCUAUCUUAUGGUUUUUAUGUUUUAACUUUGCUUUCACUACAAAUCAGUUGUUUUUCUACUACAUGUAUCGUUUGUUCUCUCUCUCUGUGCUCAUACUUUUUUAUUGCUCUAAUGUGUGAAUGUGUCCUGUUUUCAAGCAUCUGUCAUUUUGUAUUUCAUCUGCAAUUUAAGAAGGACGCUAUAUAAAUUAUUUUAUAUUUUUAAAAAAAACAGGAAUCAACAGAGGUUUAAUCCAGUGUGUAAUGUGUUUGCAGCAUUGUACUGCAAACCCUUUUUUAUCCUUUUUCUGGGUUGUCAUUUAUCUGUAAAUGUCUGUUUCGGUGCAGUCGUUCGUUAGUCGGUGUUUAUUAAAUUGUUGCAGAUAAGAUGAAAACUUAAAAGUGCCAAGAAUAGGUUUGAAAUAUUUGUAUUGUUCAAUGAUUUUACACUGAUUUGGGCUUAAUGUUGUGAAAAAAUAUGAUCAUAAAACAUAUAAUUUUUUUUUUAAAACUAGCAUAGAAAAAAUAAAAUGAAAUUGGAGAUUUGACUAGGGGUGUUGAGCGUGGUCAAAAACAUCGCUUUGACUGCAGCUUCACCUGGUGGCGACAGACAGUAUUACAGUUUUACAACAUUUAAGAUGAUAAAACUAUUGCUCGCACUGUUCAAAGUCACCACCAGCCGACUCUGUUGUCCAACCCUCUGCUUCUCUUCGCCGGGUCUUCGCCAACAGCUCAGAUUUCAGAAAGGGAACCAAAGGCCUGAUGGGAACCGAGGGUUGAGCUGAGCGUAGCGGUGGGGAGGGGUGAGGUGGGAGGAUCUGCAAGUGGGAUGUGGUGCAACACUGAAACAGGAAGCCGGCGCUGCAGCCGACCAGAGGCAUUUAACACACAUUUACAGACUAGUUUUACUGACACGCAAUAAAACAGGACUUGAAAAUA